AAAGAACAAGACCAACUCUCCGUCUCCCAAGCGGCAACGCAUCAUUCAUCACUGCAAAAACCAUAUUAUGGCGAGGCAGCAGCUGAAGGUGUGGCCUUCUUCGUGGGUGUCGGCGGCGGCGGACACGGCGUCGUGGUGCUUGGCGCUGUCGCUGGUGGCGCUGCUGCUGGUGUGCUCGCUCGGCGCCGGCAGCGCGGGAGCAGGGGAGGAGGCUAUGCCGCAGGUGCGCGGCGCGGCGCUGUCGGCGCGGCCGUGCGAGGAGAUCUACGUGGUGGCGGAGGGCGAGACGCUGCACAGCAUCAGCGACAAGUGCGGCGACCCCUACAUCCUGGAGAAGAACCCGCAUGUCCACGACCCCGACGACGUCUUCCCCGGACUCGUCCUCAAGAUCAUCACGCCAUCCAAGCCCAGGUAGAAGUAGUACGUAGAACCAUCGGCGUCAUCACGUGGCGUACGGGUGAUCUAUCAUCUAGUAUGAGCCAUGAGGGCAAGCACAACACACAAGUGUUCUGUUCUGUUGGAGCAAAUCGGGCAUCUGUAUCUCUGCAUGCAGAGUGAGUGAGUGUAGCAAUGCAGAGGAGGUAGUAGCUAGGAACGCAGGGUGUAGCAGCUCUGAAUGAAGCGUGGUUUGGUUCACUUCCUGUGUGUACGGGGCAUCACUUGUGAAUAGAGAGAGAAGUUCAUGAGAUGAACAUAUGUAUGUUCUCUGCU